UGUUCAUUGGCCUGUACGCCGGCGCGCUUGCGGGAGGCGCGGGCGGCGGUGGAACUAGCCCAGCAAUGGGGAGCGGCGGCGUGGUCCACUGUAGGUGUGCCAAGUGUUUCUGUUAUCCUAUGAAGCGAAGAGUAAGAAGGCGGCCCCGAAGCCUAACCAUCUUGAGUCUCCCCGAAGAUGUGCUUUUUCAUAUCCUGAAAUGGCUUUCUGUUGGGGACAUCCUUGCUAUCCGAGCUGUACACUCCCACCUGAAGUACCUGGUGGACAACCAUGCCAGCGUGUGGGCAUGUGCCAGCUUCCAGGAGCUGUGGCCUUCUCCAAAGAACUUGAAGCUCUUUGAAAGGGCUGCUGAAAAGGGAAAUUUUGAAGCUGCUGUGAAGCUGGGCAUAGCCUACCUCUACAACGAAGGCUUGUCUGUGUCUGAUGAGGCCCGUGCAGAAGUGAACGGCCUGAAGGCCUCUCACUUCUUUAGUCUCUCUGAGCGGCUGAAUGCAGGUGCUGCGCCCUUUGUCUGGCUCUUCAUCCGCCCGCCAUGGUCAGUGUCUGGAAGCUGCUGCAAAGCUGUGGUCCACGAGAGCCUCAGGGCAGAGUGCCAGCUGCAGAGAACUCAUAAAGCAUCUAUACUGCAUUGCUUGGGAAGAGUGCUAAGUCUCUUUGAGGAUGAAGAGAAGCAGCAGCAGGCCCGUGACCUGUUUGAAGAGUCCGCCACUCAGGGGUGUUUGACCAGCUCAUACCUCCUCUGGGAAAGUGACAGAAGAACAGAUAUGUCAGAUCCUGGACGAUGUCUCCACAGCUUCCGGAAACUCAGGGACUAUGCUGCCAAAGGCUGCUGGGAAGCACAGCUGUCUUUAGCCAAAGCCUGUGCAAAUGGGCACCAGCUUGGACUCGAAACAAAAGUAUCCAAUGAAAUCGUCUGUCAGCUAUUUCAGGCUUCCCAAGCCCUCAGUAAGCAGCGGGUCUUCUCUGUGCAGAAGGGACUCAACGACACUAUGAGGUACAUUCUGAUUGACUGGCUAGUGGAAGUGGCCACCAUGAAGGACUUCACGAGCCUGUGCCUUCACCUGACUGUGGAGUGUGUGGACCGCUACCUGCGGAGGAGGCUGGUGCCUCGGUACCAGCUGCAGCUGCUGGGUAUUGCCUGCAUGGUCAUUUGCACCCGGUUCAUCAGUAAGGAGAUUCUGACCAUCCGAGAGGCCGUGUGGCUCACGGACAACACAUACAAAUAUGAGGACCUGGUGAGGAUGAUGGGAGAGAUCGUCUCCGCACUGGAAGGGAAGAUUCGAGUCCCUACUGUGGUUGAUUACAAAGAGGUCCUACUGACCCUGGUCCCCACGGCACCAAGAACCCAGCACCUGUGCAGCUUCCUGUGUGAGCUCUCCCUGCUACAUACCAGCCUGUCCACCUACACCCCUGCCCGCCUGGCUGCCACAGCCCUGCUCCUGGCCAGACUGACACACGGGCAGACACAGCCCUGGACCACGCAGUUGUGGGAGCUUACUGGAUUCUCCUAUGAAGACCUCAUCCCCUGUGCCCUGAGCCUUCAUAAAAAGUGCUUCCAUGAUGACACCCCCAAGGACUACAGGCAAGUCUCACUGACUGCUGUGAAGCAGCGAUUUGAGGACAAGCGCUAUGAAGAAAUCAGCCAGGAAGAGGUGCUAAGCUAUGGCCAGUUGUGUGCAGCACUGGGAGUGAAACAAGAAAGCCUGGAACCCCCAUCUUUCCUCAGCACCGGUGACAUCCAUGCCUUCCUCAGCUCUCCCUCGGGGAGGAGAACCAAACGGAAGCGGGAAAACAGCUUCCAGGAGGACAGGGGCAGCUUUGUCACCACCCCUACUGCAGAGCUGUCCAGCCAAGAGGAGACACUGCUGGGCAGCUUCUUGGACUGGAGCCUGGACUGCUGCUCUGGCUAUGAGGGUGACCAGGAGAGUGAGGGCGAGAAGGAGGGUGAUGUGACAGCUCCCAGCGGCAUCCUCGAUGUCACGUUGGUCUACCUGAACCCAGAACAGCACUGCUGCCAGGAAUCCAGUGAUGAGGAGGCCUGCCCAGAGGACAAAAGAGGCCAAGACCCACACAACCCAGCACUGGGUACCCAGACACCUCCAAACACAGGGCCUGAGCCCCCUCUGCAGGUCAGGAGGGAGCUAGGCAAGGACAGCACAACCUCAGGGUACUCUUCCCUCAGCAGCGCAAGUCCCACAAACUCCACGGAUGGCAGCUUGGGGGGCCUGCCCCAACCUACCUCAGUGCUGUCCUUAGGCAGUGACUCAAACACACAGCCUUGCCAUCAUCAGGCCAGGAAGUCAUGUUUACAAUGUCAUCCCCUGAGCCCCCCAGAGAGCAGUGUUCCCUGGCAACAAGUGAAGCGGAAAAACCUAUCUAUGCACAGUGAGGCAGAGGAGGAGGAGGACAUGAACUUGGCCUUUCUGAAGUUGUGAGUGUGUGUUAUUGUGUUUGUUGCAGUGCAUGUUUUACUGAGGGAGAGCUGUUGUUUUGCUAGCAAGGGGUAGGGCACUGCAGAGGAACACUGUUUAGAGACCCCAGUGGCCAUCAUGCAGAGAGCAAAGAGGAACACUGUUUAGAGACCCCAGAGGCCAUCAUGCAUAGCCACUCAAUUUUCUUUCUGUAGAACAGUGGUUCUCAAUCUUCCUAAUGCCGUGGGUUCCUGCCGACCUAUAGUUCCUGUGGGUCACAACCCACAGGUUGAGAACCGCUGUUCUAGAAGAUUCUCAUGUGAGCCCUCAGAAUGUCUGAAUCAGAAUGGAAAGCUCAGAACUUUCUCCUUGGAAAGUGUAUCCCCCCAGCAAUCAUGCUAUCCCAUGUGAAGGCUGUAUCUCUGUGCUCUCCUAUGUCCCACUGUCUCCAGGUCUUCUCAGCCCCCAUGGAGCCCCAUGGCAGUAAUUGACAGCUUCCACACUCAGACUAGGUGUGGCCCAGACAGCCUGGCACACCUUGAGACCCUUCCCACAUCUGCCUGGUCUUGGCCCCAGCAGGAAGCUUGUGGCUCUGAACAUUCCACUGGCCCCCACCCAGCUUGGCCACAUAAGGGCACCCACUCCUUUCAGGGUGGUGGGUUUCCUGGUGAGGGAGCCCAUGCCCCACACUGCAGCAUGGAUGGUGUGACCACCAGGGGUGGGAGUCCAAAUGAUUUGGGCACAGGUUCCCUUCCUUAAGCUCUCCCCACUUAUUUUGGAAAUCUGUCCCUCCUCCCAGAAUAGUUUGUCUGUGUCCCCACAUAGGGUGUCUACAUUCUCUUUGUACUGAAUUUCUGGGCCAUUCUUUUCCUAUCUUUUUUUUUUUUUUUUGAGACAGAAUCUCAUUUUGUCACCCUUGGUAGAAUGCUGUGGUGUCAUAGCUCACAGUAACCUCAAACUCUUGGGCUCAAGUGAUCCUCUUACCCCAGCCUUCUAAGUACAGCUGCCUGCCAUAACACCCUGCUAUUUUUUUAGAGAGACAGUGUCUUGCUCUUGUUCAGGCUGAACUCAAGCAAUCCACCUGCCUCAGCUUCUCAGAGUACUAGGAUUACAGGCGUGAGGUACCACACCUGGCCUUCUUUUCCUUUCUUUUAUUUCCAGACUUUCUUCUUCUUCAAAGAUGAAAACAAUAGAAAAAUUAAAAGUAGAGGGUAUUGGGCGCCGCCUGUGGCUCAGUCGGUAAGGCGCUAGCCCCAUAUACCGAGGGUGGUGGGUUCAAACCCUGCCCCGGCCAAACUGCAACAAAAAAAUAGCUGGACGUUGUGGCGGGCGCCUGUAGUCCCAGCUACUCGGGAGGCUGAGGCAAGAGAAUCGCUUAAGCCCAGGAGUUGGAGGUUGCUGUGAGCUGUGUGAUGCCACGGCACUCUACUGAGGGCCAUAAGGUGAGACUCUGUCUCUACAAAAAAAAAAAAAAAGUAGAGGGUAUUAAAUUAAAAAAAGAGCUUCCCAACAUUAUUUAGGCUCCACAAAAAAAAUUCUGACUCCAGCUCCUCAAUGCUAUCCUGACACUCUUUAUUCAAAAAGAAUUUUCCAGGCCGUGCCUGUGGCUCAGUGGGUAGGGCGCCGGCCCCGGCCAAACAGCAACAAAAAAAUAGCCAGGUGUUGCCGUGGGCGCCUGUAGUCCCAGCUACUCGGGAGGCUGAAGCAAGAGAAUCACCUAACCCCAAGAGCUGGAGGUUGCUGUGAGCUUUGAUGCCACAGUACUCUACCGAGGGCGACAUAGUGAGACUAUUUUUUUUAAAAAAUCAUGUUAAAAAAAAAAAAGAAUUUUCCCAGAGAAGUUAGCCAGAAAAGAAUUUAAAGGUCAUCUUUAAUGUCUAAAAUAACCAAGAGGCAGGUGAGCAGAAGAGUCAAGGACUUGCCCCUGGCAGGGCCUAACCAUGCAUCUGCUCUGUGCCCCAACCCUUCCGCUGGUAAUGUAGGCUCUGCUCCCCACAUUGAGAGAGAGUCUUUGGCAGGUCCACCCAAGGCCUGCUGACCAUAACCUCUCCCAAGCUGGGUUAACCACCAGCACACAUAGCCUGCUGGGAUAUACUUUUGUUUCCUCUGGAAAUACAAGGAAGAACCACUUGGCCAGGAGUGUUCUCCAAAUGCUCUUGAAUCAGAAAUACAGGGAUGUGGAGAUAGAUGUUAGCUCAGUGGUUGCUCUUCAGUGUGUUUGUAUGUGUGUUGAUAUGGGGGGGCAGCUAUCUUUUUGCUACUGUAAGAGAAUUUUGAGUAUCCUGGGUGGCCUGUGAUUGGGGUGAGGAGAAUCCGAGCCAUUGGAAUUAUAGACCUGUCCUGUCAACUAUCCCCUUGGGCAUAUGUGAGCCUUAGUUUCCUCAUCUGUAAGAUGGGGCAAUGAUACCUACCUCACAGGGGUGUUGUGAGGAUUAAAUGUGAUGAGGAUAGUAGCAAAUGAGCAAUGUGUAUUCCUUCACUACCAUGGCUGCUUAUCUGUGGUCUCCUACAUCAAAAUCCCAACUCUGGGCUCAGGGCUUGUAGCUUAGUGAGUAGGGCACUGCCACAUACACUGAGGCUGGCAAGUUCAAGCCUGGCCCAGGCCUGCUAAACAACAAUGACAACUGCAACCAAAAAAAUAGCCUGGCGUUGUGGCGGGUGCCUGUAGUCCCAGCUACUUGGGAGGCUGAGGCAAGAGAAUCACUUAAGCCCAAGAGUUUGAGGUUGCUGUAAGGUGACACCACAGCACUCCACCACGGGCAACACAGUGAAACUCUGUCUCAAGGAAAAAGAAAAAGAAAAAAAUCCUAACUCUGGAAGGAUUCAGUUCUCUAUCAUAUCCCAGCCUGCUACUGUAGGAGGAGACUACUCCCCAGAGGCCUGAAACCACCUGCUUGGUCUCUUUGCCUCUUCUGUCACCCCAGCACCUCCUGACUGGUGUGGAGGUUCCUUGCAUUUCCUAAAUGCCAAUGGAGGCCUUUUCCCCUUUCCUUCUGCUUCACAGAGAAAUCUCACCAGAGGUAGGACAGUCAGUCUUCCCCCACUGCUGACUGAGGGACCCACCCAGAGCACAGGCCCAGGACUGCUGGGGUCCCAGCUCUCUUCCCUUCUGUGUCAUAUACUCUGGAUUCCCCUCCUCCAUCCCCUCUGCUUUGACACCUUACUGUUAAUGACUGAAAUGGACUCACUUCUCCCAACUUUAAAUAAUGCUCCCCCACCCAGGUUUCCUCCAGCUACCACCUGAGAUUUCUUGGCCCCUUCAGCAUUUGAGGUCAUUGUAUUCUUGCAAUUUCUGAUUAUAGUGGGCCCUGCUGUCCCCCUCACUUGCUCCCAGCCACUGUCUGUUUCUCCCCUAGGUGUGCUCUAGGCACUGAAGACCUCAUCUACUCAUAUGCAGACACUACCUAGGCCUCAGCCAUGACCCAAUCCCCUUGCUUCUGUGACUGCUCUGUGCUCUGCUUUAUUUUCUGGGCUCCAUCAUUCAUGGCUCACUCAGCUGCCUCUAGCCACAUGCGCCACCCAGCCCUUCAGCAGUCCUGCUCAGGCCCAUUGCUCCAUGUGUCAAAUCCUCCAGAUUCCGAGCUUCAGCCCCUCCGUCCA